AUGAGUGGAUUAAUUCCUUUCCGGCAUCCAUUUUGGCAUGGCAGCGAUUACUGGGAUUGGCCGCCAGUGAGUCGCAUCUUUGACCAGCGGUUCGCCAUGGAACCGAUGUGGGACCUGCUCACCGAGCCGCUUACCGAUUCGUUUCGUGUAUCCCCAUACUGGGCUCGCAUGCGACCAGUAGAGGGUGAGGGACGAAGUGGUAUAUCUGAGGUGAAAAACGAGGCGGACAAAUUCACGGUCAGUAUGGAUGUCUCGCAGUUCUUGCCACAGGAGAUUAAGGUGAAAGUGGUGGAGAACAUGGUGGUGGUUGACGGCAAACACGAUGAGAAAAUGGAUCAACAUGGAUUCGUCAGCCGGGCGUUCACCCGCAAGUACAUCCUGCCGAAGGAGGUUGACCCUCAGACGGUAGUGUCGCGUCUAAGUCCGAAGGGUGUGUUGACCAUCGAGGCGCCGAAGAAGGCCAUUGAGGGAGCGCCGAAGGAACGCACCGUACCGAUCCAGAUGGCCCCCGAAAAACCCGCUGUCGAGCAGAAGAAAGUAGCCAAAUGA